AUGCCGGGCACGAAGCGCGCUCUACUGAUUGCGAGCCCCUUUGGAGGCCUCAGAGGCCCGCUCAAUGAUGUCGAAACUAUGGCAACCGUUCUUCAACAGCAGAAUUUUGAGAUAACGAGAUGCUGCGGUGACGGCGCUACCCGAGUGGGCAUCCUCACAGCGUGGGAACGCAUCAUCAAAGUCUCUUGCCAUGAAGACGUUGUCGUCAUCUACUACGCAGGCCAUGGCGGGAUCGUCGAAGACAAUUCGGCAAGCUCAGGCAUCGAUGAAGACAACAGCCCCAGCCAGCAUUCUUGGCGCUACCAGUUUCUCGUGCCAGUGGAUUUUAUGCCCCCAGACUCUGACGAGCUCAAUGCGGACUACUCUUUCAACGGCAUCCUCGACGUCGAGGUCGAACACCUCCUGCGCCUUACCACAAAUCGCACUCAGAAUGUAAUUACUAUCUUCGACUGUUGUCACUCGGGCCGUAUGGCUCGCGAUCCCUCCCACGCUGGCGCUGUGCCGCGCAACCUUCCAAAUGUGCAGUACGCAGCCGUUUCUGAGCAGGUCAACGGUUUACGCGAGACAGCAAAACUUUCGGCAGAUGAUAAUUUACACAGCGAAGGCAACCUAUCAGCUGUGCGCAUCGCCGCCGCCGGCGCUACGGAGACGGCAUGGGAGGAUGGGGACGGCGACCAGCGUGCCGGGGCCAUGACUCGAGAGCUAGCCCGGGCAUUGAAAGACGCUUGGGAAUCCGACAACGGCGGCAACCAAGUUUCGUGGCAGAAGAUCAUGAUGCGAGUAAGGGAGCAGGUCAACAUCCGUUUCCCUCAGCAGAACCCAUUCGUGGAAGGUCCUUUGAGACGAAUGCUUUUCUCCGUAGAAGAGUCUGAGACGAACGGAUUCGUUCUGGCUCCUGAAGGAAGCUUGGGAACCCUCAAAGCCGGGCGGGUGUCGGGUGUACGAGAGGGCAACGUUUAUGCGCUCAUGCCUCUCGGAUCAGAGCGCAUCACUGACAAAGAGAAGAUCGGCGAAGCAACGUUGAUAGAAGUUGGCGCCCUCGAGUCACUGGCUGAGCUAUUUCUAUUACCUGGGAAGGCGCAUAUCCCAGCCCAAGGUGUAAUGGCCUUCUUAGCGAAAGAGAGCCUACGCAAGCUACCGGUAGCUCAUCCCGAAGGACCCAAGGUGCUUCUGAACGCUAUCGACGAGUCCAAGUAUCUCCGUUGCCAAAAAGCCCAAAAGCAAACCAACGUUUUGGCCAAGUUCGAGCGUGACGAUCAUAGCCUCAGCCUGCUCGAUGACAAAGGACGCCAGCUGUUGUCCCAGAAAGUCUCCGAUGAUGGCCCUCAAACAUGGGCGAACGCAAGCAAAGCCCUUGUCAAACAGGCAGAACAGCUCGCGAGAGCAAACCACUUGCUCAAUCUCACAUGCAAGCAACAUGAGAAGCUUGAUCACGACUUGGCUGUGACUUUUGGCACAAUGAAAGGCGGAAAACCCGACACAAUCAUUCCUACAGACGGAAAAGGCGUGGUUAUGGAUGGCGACAAGAUUUAUAUCUCGCUCAGAAAUAACGGCUCCAGGACGGUAUGCGUGUACGCCUUUGACAUCAACGUGAAGGGCAAGAUCUCAAAGGUAUCCUCCUUCGAGCUUCCCGCCACACGGUCCUACCAUAUCGGCGCUGGGCGGACAAGCGAGUUUCCAAGAGGCGAUGGACUCAAGAUGAGCUGGCCCAAAGACAUGGACAAAAGCCAAUCAAUUUCAGAGAGCCUUGUGAUCAUUCUAACAGACACAGUCGUCGAUUUAAGCGUAUUAGCUAGUGAUUCUGGGGCUGAUGGUCGAGGAAAUGCCGGUUAUUCCUCUCUCGAACAGCUGAGCUUUUGUCUUGCAACCGGUGCAAAACGUGACAUGGCAUGCGAGGACGUCAGUGAGCCUCUACAUUUUGAUGUCCUGCAGAUACCCUUCGAAAUGAAAGCAACUGGUACUGUACCGCUUUCCGAAGGAUGUUUUGCCACAGUUUAUCAAGGUCCAGGAGAGGUGGAUGGUUCCAGUCGACUGAUGCUGGCGAAGGAGCUCCCUCUUUCUGAUGAGGUCAUCAAUGCAUGCGACCUUCCACCACGAUCGCCUUACCUCGACCAGUCAGCGCGGGUAAGUUGGCGAAAGAGCCUUAUCUAUCAUGGAGGCUUUGGCGCCAUAUACCGGACCAUAAGAAGCAUUCCCCCUUGCGUGUGGGUCGUGAACGAGCAUAAUGAAGAGAUCCAUGUCGUUGUGUCCAAGUAUCGCCCUAGUCGGAUGCUGACUGAUGGAGGUGCAAAUGUCUCCGCUACAGGAGUGGCUCUUGACUUUAGCUGUGCUUCCUUUUCCAGCCCUGCCUGCCGAAAGGUUUUACCUCCUCGGGCCGAGGGUGAGGAAGCAUCUAUCGCAGUCUUUCCCCUGUGGACGAGGAAAGAAGGGUUUGGCGUAAUAUCCAUCUUCAAAGGGCCCAAGAAAGAGAUUUUUAUUGAAAAUGACCGCAUCCCGCUUGGCGCUACUGCUUUCUUCAGGAAUAAACCGGAUUUGAGGAUAAUAGAGUAUGAGAGAAAGGAGGUAUCCAGCAAACUAUCAGCCUAG